UUCUUUCAUCACAUACAAUUUGAUAUCUCCCUGAGGUUCUACACGAGGGCUCAGUUAUGUCAUUUUCCUCUUGCUUUUGUACUAUAUAAAGGUUACAACUUAUGAAUAUUUUAAUUCCUACCACUAGCUUCCUCUUUACAAUUUAUUUGCUAUUCCAAAGAAGAAAAUAUGGGUUUGAAAGGCAAAUUGAUUGUUUCAACAGAGGUGAAAUGUGGAGGACACUUGUUUCAUGACCUUUACCAAACCAGUUGCCAUCAUAUAUCUAACAUAAGCCCUGAUAAGAUUCACCAUUUUUGUAUUCAUGAAGGUGAAAGUCUAAAGGCUGGUUCAAUAAUUGGAUGGAAAUUUAACCACGAUGGAAAAGUUAGGGUUACUAAGCAGCUGAUUGAAGCCAUUGAUGAUGAGAAAAAAUCAAUCACUUGGAAAGUUUUAGAAGGAGAUACCUUGGAAUUGUACAAUUCUUUUACUAUAACUGCAUCCUUUGAAAACGAUUGGGCUACAUGGACAUUUGUGUACGAGAAGAAAAUCGAAGACACUCCGGAACCUCUCAAUCUCUUGGGUUUUAUGCUUGAUGUGACUAAAGAUUUAGAGGCUCACCUUCAUGUGACUACUAAAGAUACAGAGGCUCCCCUUCUCAAGUAAUAGAAGAUCUCUUUAUUAAAUGUGUUAUAUGUGGUGAAUAUUCAACAAUAUUGGCUAGUCUUAGCAUGGGAAAUAAAUAAUAUAUGAUAUCUUUAAAUGCGUUUAUGUGUUGAAUGUUCAACACUAUUCGCUAGUCUUAGCAUGUGAAAUAAAUAAUAAUUGUAUUGUAUGGAUGUAUCUUGUAAUUGUCAAUUAUGCAAGAUAUUAUGGAUUGUUCCAAGUCUGAAAUUUAGCUAUAACAAGUACCAGAAUGUAUUUAUGUGUGUUAUCCUCAA